CCCCAAUUUAGGGUUCUUCUUCGUUUAGGGUUCUUGGCGAGGUUCAAGCGCGAUGGCGGAGACGGUGGUGCGCGGCCAGAAGGGCAUGAGCUCCGUGAAGGAGCUGCCCGUUCUCCAGGACAGGCUCCCACACAAGCUCCCACCCGUGAGGUAUGGCGCUAGAAUCCCUAACACAGGCCCCAGCGGCCUCACCGUGAUGGCCGUGGUGGGAUUCAUGACGUUUUGGGGACUGUACAAGGUCGGGCAAUUCAACAGAUAUCGCAGUCUUUGCAAACUCGAGAAGAAAGCCUGCCGCUUCGCAAUCACACCCUACAUUCUCGCCGAGCAGGACAUAAGCUAUGCGAAUGCUCGUAAGAAGCAGCUGGAAGAGGAAGCCCGGAUCAUGGCCAACGUUCCCGGCUGGGUGGUCGGAGAGAGCGUCUAUCACACCAAGAGAUGGAUGUCUCCGAUGAGCGAUAUCUUCCAAAACCGAGAGUGGCGACUGUAAAAAAUCAAUCCAUCCAAGCCAAGCUUGUAUGUAGACUCGGUCCUUUUAUUUCGCACCACCUGUAAUAAGCUCACUAUAAGUAGGAGGGAGUGGAUUUUGGUUCUAGUCAACGACGCUGACUAGGAUUUAGUCCAGUCAAUUUCGUUUACUAGGGUUCGUCAAUUACGUUGACUGGUCACUUUAAUACAUUUUCGCUCCGAGCGUUGUUCGUUGGUU